GUGAUCUGCCUGCCUUGGUCUCCCAAAGUGCUGAGAUUACAGGCGUGAGCCACUGCAUGCCUAAAUAUACAAAGGUAGAUUUGUUUUGCUUUUGGGCUAUAAUAACCUACCUUUUAAGAAUGAGAAACUGCUGGUUUAAGGGAGUUCAGAAUGAAUCAAGACUGAACCAUUCAAAUGUGGCUGUGGUUUCUACAUAUAUAUGGAUGGGAUCCUUCUGAGAAUACUGGAAUAGGGAAUUAUGACACCAAGCCAAUUCAGCUGUGAAACUUAUUCUUGUACUUUUCUUUCUUGCUGGUAAUUUUAUGGAGCAGGUUAAGAAAGCUGCUCUGUGUUAGGAUAAACUAUGUACCAAUAAUUUUGAGAACCUGUGAUGACUGAUGCAUUUUACUUCUUCUAUCUUUUCCUUCCUACCUUGAUGCCAGUAAUGUGUAAGGGAUCUUUAUAGUUUGAAUGUAUUUGAAUAAUUUCAGUAUCCUUUAGCUCUGCUUUUUUAUUUGACUCACAACCAUUCAUAGGUCUCAAGUAUUCCCAUGUGUUUUAAAAGCCUUAAGUCAGUGAGAUGAAACUCAACAUCAAUAAUAUGAAGUAACUUGUAAAGAAAUAAUGUAAAGAAAUCAUUGGGGCAGUGGCUCACACCUGUAAUCUCAGCACUUUGAGAGGCUGAGGUGGAAGGAUCACUGGAAGCCAGAGUUCAAGACCAGCCCGGGCAACACACCAAUACACCGUCUUUACAAAAAAUUUAAAAAUUAGCUUGGCAUGGUGGUGCUCACUCAUAGUUCCAGCUACUCAGGAGGCUGAGUCACUUGAGCCCAGGAGGCCAGUGCUACAGUGAACUAUGAUUGUCCCACUAUAGUAUUGCCUGGGCGACAGUAAGACCCUGUCUCAAAAAGAAAAGAAAAAACAUUAGGUAGUUUGGCUGGAGCAUAAUAAUUAAUUUGAUUUUCUGGUUUUCAAAAAUGUGAGUUGCAAUAAAAGAAUAUUUCAAUGUGCUAUUUCAAUUUUCAGUAGCAAAUGUAUAUAUAGAAAAAUGUUAAUGUAUGUGAGUACCUUAAAAAAUGUGAGAAACUGGAAGAAAGAUAAUAUUGUAAAGCAUCUACAUAUACCCUAGGCCUUUUGUGUACACGGUUAUUUGUGAUGAUUAUAAGGUAUUAUGAAGGCAGGUAGGAUUAUCUCCAUUUUACAGUCAGGGAAGCUGAAGCCUAGAGGUGGAAACUUGUUCAGUGAUGUAAGAUUCAUACCCUGGUUAUGCCCUCCUGGAAAGCCCUUCCCAACAUAUGUUGUCCAUACAGGGAAAAAAUGAGCAAAGAUAGGUGGCUUAACUCUGGUAUAUGAAUAAGAUACAGGAAAUUUAUAGAGGAGUUUUUCUCAAUGUGCCAACUUACUUUGUUCUCUGUGUUUUAUAUUCUGAGAAUGAUUACCAGCCAUCCCAAAUUCUGUGGUUGUUAAAACUCCCUGGGGGUUGUUGCUGGUCGGCCCCCACUUUGAGACUGAUGCCAGGGCAGGCUGAGAGGAAAACUGACUUUAUCUGGGUUUGAUCUUGGAUCUGGGAAAGAGAUACGCUUUGAAAAUCAUGGCAACUCUGGGAGGUUAAAAAGAUAUUAGUGUAUCCUGGAGAGUUUGAGGUUUUGCAGAAAUUUACUGGCAGAGCAGAAUGAUUCUGAAGUGUUAAGUCAGUGAGGGGAUAAGAUACUUGAUAUUUUCUGCCAACUUGGGUAUUCUCUCAGAUAUUCACUUUGCAUUGCUUAUUCUUCGUCUUAAGAUACGUAUACACAUACUUCCUUUGUGAGCUUAUUCUACUUCCAGAGUUUUCUCCCCAGCCUCAGCCUUACUUUGGGUCUUCAGGCCCAAGUUUCUCCCCAUGUCUUGGAUAAUUGCUCCCACCUGGGAUCCAACAUGCUUAAACUCAGCUGUGAACUAAACAGUAUUAAAGAGCCUUUGCUUCAGCAGUUUAUGUUAAGACGGGGGCUUGGGUCAUCUUAUCUCCACUAAUGUGUAAGGUGAAAGUCCUGUUAGAUAUUUUUGGAAGACCCAUGUUUUGUGCUUUUUGAGUUUCAGUAUUAAGGUUUUUCCUGCAGGGCUGCAGGGAAAGUUCCCCAGCAUUUCCAACCAGUGAGAUGCUAAAUUAUUUGGGCCUGCAGCUCUACCUAUUCCUUUCACGAUCAUUUUUGAAAAAACACAUCUGUUAAGCUGAACCAUGUGAAACUGCUGAAUGCUGAUGUUUGGCCGUUUUCUACUUAAAAAAUAGGCCAGCAGUUUGUAAAUUCAAGUUAAUAUAUGAACUUUUUGAAAAAGCUUUUCUGGGAAACUGAAAGGAAGAAGGACGCCAGAUUUCCAGAGCAAGGGGAGGAGGGACCCGAGCAACAUCUCUCCCCUGUGAAACCUCGCUCCUGCGCGCGGCCAGUAACUUCGACUUCGCCUGCCGACUCUUACCUGCGCCGGCGCCGGCCUCGCUGUGCCCCAUUUUGCGGCCGCCGUAAAGAGUAGCUGCGCGGCGUGGCCACGCCCCUUUAGCGCUUGUGACGCAGGCGCCCUAGGCUUUUUGGGCGGGAAAAAGAAGCAACCCUGAGUGGUGGCCGGCGCUACUGGGAGCAGCUGCAUUCUCCCAGGCCGUGUCUCCCGCCCCCGGCAUGGGGCUGCUGGAGCUUUGCGAGGAAGUGUUCGGCACCGCCGACCUUUACCGGGUGCUGGGCGUGCGACGUGAGGCCUCCGACGGCGAGGUCCGACGAGGCUACCACAAGGUGUCCCUGCAGGUGCACCCCGACCGGGUGGGCGAGGGCGACAAGGAGGACGCCACUCGCCGCUUCCAGAUCCUGGGAAGAGUCUACUCCGUUCUCAGUGACAAAGAACAGAGAGCUGUGUACGAUGAGCAGGGAACAGUGGACGAGGACUCUGCUGUGCUCACCCAAGACCGAGACUGGGAGUCGUAUUGGCGGCUACUCUUUAAAAAGAUAUCUUUAGAGGAUAUUCAAGCUUUUGAAAAGACCUACAAAGGUUCAGAAGAAGAGCUGGCUGAUAUUAAACAGGCCUAUCUGGACUUCAAGGGUGACAUGGAUCAAAUAAUGGAGUCUGUGCUUUGCGUGCAGUACACAGAGGAACCCAGGAUAAGGAAUAUCAUUCAACAAGCUAUUGACGCGGGGGAGGUGCCAUCCUAUAAUGCCUUUGUCAAAGAGUCGAAACAAAAGAUGAAUGCAAGGAAAAGGAGGGCUCAGGAAGAGGCCAAAGAAGCAGAAAUGAGCAGAAAGGAGUUGGGGCUUGAUGAAGGCGUGGAUAGCCUGAAGGCAGCCAUUCAGGAGCUUGUCCAUUAGGGAGAGAUUUCUUGGCUGUAGAGGCAUCCCAUGAACCAAGAGACCAUUCAUGUUUGGCUGAUGACUGCUUGCUUGACAGAGACUCAUCUACAUGUCGAAAGAAGACAGUACUCAUGAUUGGUUGGAGAAGAUACCUGUUUGGUUUCCCAACCUUGCCAAAAGUUAAUAUUUUCAAUUUGGUUAUGUAUACUUUUUCCCUGUGCUUUAAUUUUUAUGAUAUCUCGGGUACCUUAGCUGGGGCCCCAAGUCAGCUGUCCAUGUGAUAAGGUCCCUCCUUUCCUCUCCAUUCCUAAAUGAUAGCAGGUAGGGGAAGCCUGAUCACUCUGGAUGAAAACAAUUAACAGCCCUCUCAUGGGGAGUGAGAACCUUUAUUAUUAUUAUUGUUUACCUUAUAGUAGAAGAGAAAACUCAGACAAAAUAUGGAACAAUAAUAGAAAAUAAUAAGGGGAAACUCUAACUUGAUCUCAUUCAUCAUCACACAAUCCUGCACUAUGUACAUACUAAUUCCUCUUUCACUACCUGUGGAGCAUGUCAGCUCUCGGUAACCUAAAUCCUAAAGACACUGUACUAGGAGGUAAGCUUAUCUGUUCUAAUUUUAGCAGGAGGUAAUGUUUCUUAGACUGGCACUGCCAUCCUAGACCCCUGCUUGUUUUCUCAGAUCAUCAGCUCAUUACCUUUUCUGGCCAUCUCCACUGCUAUAGAAUGUAUUUUCCUUCCUCUUUCUCUUCAGAAUGUUUGAAUUAACUCUUCUCCUUCCUUAGAUCAUGAACAACCAGAAUGUCUGCUUAUUCACGGCUUAGGCUACUAAACCAUGGCCACACCAGUUCAACAUGCAGAAGUGCUUUAUCCCCACCAAAGGAACAUUAAUUUACCUGGUUCAUACCUGGUGUGAUGACUCAUGAGCCUUCCUA